UCGAGUACAUGAUCCUCUCCACCAUCAUCGCCAACUGCAUCGUCCUCGCCCUGGAGCAACACCUGCCCGUCAACGACAAGACGCCCAUGUCCGAACGGCUGGACCACACAGAGCCCUACUUUAUAGGAAUAUUCUGCUUCGAGGCGGGCAUCAAGAUCAUCGCCCUGGGCUUCGCUUUCCACAAAGGCUCGUACCUGAGGAACGGCUGGAACGUCAUGGACUUUGUGGUCGUCCUCACCGGCAUCCUGACGACGGUGGGUGCAGACCGUGGUCUCGACCUGAGGACCCUGCGGGCAGUCCGAGUCCUGAGACCCCUCAAGUUGGUGUCAGGAAUACCAAGUCUCCAGGUGGUUCUGAAGUCCAUCAUGAAGGCCAUGGUUCCUCUGCUCCAGAUCGGCCUGCUGCUCUUCUUCGCCAUCGUCAUGUUCGCCAUCAUCGGGGUGGAGUUCUACAUGGGGAAGUUCCACACAACCUGCUUCACCAUCGACACCGGUGACAAGGUCACUGAUUGGCCGUGUGGCAAGGAGCCCCCGGCCCGGACGUGUCCCAACGGUACAGAGUGUAAGGAGUACUGGACGGGCCCCAACUUCGGCAUCACCAACUUUGACAACAUCCUGUUCGCGGUGCUCACCGUGUUCCAGUGCAUCACCAUGGAGGGCUGGGUGGACAUCCUCUACAACACCAACGACGUGGCGGGAAACACUUGGAACUGGCUGUACUUUGUCCCCCUCAUCAUCAUCGGCUCCUUCUUCAUGCUCAACCUGGUGCUGGGUGUCCUAUCAGGGGAGUUUGCCAAGGAGAGGGAGCGAGUGGAGAAGAGACAGGAGUUCCUGAAGCUUAGGAGACAACAGCAGAUAGAGAGAGAGCUGACUGGGUACCUGGAGUGGAUCUGUAAAGCAGAGGAGGUGCUCCUGGAGGAGGAGGAUGAGAAUGCGGAGGAGAAGUCCCCCCUGGAUGGAGCGUGGUAUAAAAUGAACCAGAACCUACCAGUCAUGAAACGGGGAAAGGUCAAAAAGGGUAAGAACGACCUCAUGAAUGCAGAGGACGGAGACGACCCCUACGCAGAUAUUUCAUCUGUUGCGCCCCCCGGCUCCCCGUUCGGCCGGGCCAGUGUGAGGAGCAGCUCCCGGCUGGACGGCUCCGCCUACCUGCGGCGCAAGGAGAAGCGGAUGCGCUUCUUCAUCCGGCGCAUGGUGAAGGCCCCGAGCUUCUACUGGCUGGUGCUCUGCCUGGUGGGCCUCAACACGCUGUGUGUGGCCAUCGUGCACUACAACCAGCCCGACUGGCUCACCAGGGCCCUCUACGCGGCUGAGUUCAUGUUCCUGGGUCUGUUCCUGACGGAGAUGUCCCUGAAGAUGUAUGGCCUAGGGGCCCGCAACUACUUCCACUCCUCCUUCAACUGCUUCGACUUCGGGGUGAUCGUUGGCAGCAUCCUGGAGGUGAUCUGGGAUAUGAUCAAACCAGGAGCCUCCUUCGGCAUCAGCGUCCUCCGAGCCCUGAGGCUGCUGCGCAUAUUCAAAGUCACCAAGUACUGGAACUCGCUGAGGAACCUGGUGGUGUCCCUGCUCAACUCCAUGAAGUCCAUCAUCAGCCUGCUCUUCCUCCUCUUCCUCUUCAUCGUGGUCUUUGCCCUGCUGGGCAUGCAGAUCUUUGGAGGACAGUUUAACUUUGAAGAGGAGACGCCCACCACUAACUUUGACACCUUCCCAGCCGCUAUCCUGACAGUCUUCCAGAUCCUCACCGGCGAGGACUGGAAUGCAGUGAUGUAUCAUGGGAUUGAGUCCCAGGGGGGCGUGCGGCGCGGAAUGUUCUCCUCCGUCUACUUCAUCGUGCUCACACUCUUCGGAAACUACACCCUGCUGAAUGUCUUCUUGGCCAUCGCGGUGGAUAACCUGGCCAACGCGCAGGAGCUAACCAAGGACGAGGAGGAGCAGGAGCAAGCAGCCAAUAAGAAGCUUGCUCUGCAGAAGGCCAUGGAGGUGAAGGAAGUCAGUCCCAUGUCUGCCGCCAACAUCUCCAUCGCCGCUUUUGUAAAGCAAAAUCGAGACGUGAUCUCUCGCAGGUCCUCCAUCGUCAGCGUACAAUCACCUAAGGAGCAGCACCGCUCGGCGCGCUCCAUGUCCGUGUGGGAGCAGCGGACCAAUCAGCUGCGGCGGCACAACGUGCGCGCCAGCAACGAGGCGCUCUUCAACGAGCUGGACCCCGAGGAGCGGCUCCGCCUCACCGCCGCGCUGCACCUCAACCGCCCUGACGGCCACUCGCACCUGGACCGGCCGCUCGUCGUCGAGGGCAACAACGGCGGCGGUAAUGGCGUUGGUGGAGGUGGCGGUGGCGGCGGCGGAGGCGGCGACCCCAACCAAAGCAGACAGCCGUCGCCAAGGACGCCCGACGGAAACGGCAAGAAGGAGGCGACGACGGCGACGGAGGAGGAGGCACGCUCCAGGAAACACCAACACCGCCACCGCGAGCGGAACGGGGACGGCGGCGGGAGGGAGGGGCGGGGGGAGCGGAGGCACCACCGCCACCACCGCCAGGGGGGGUCGGCGGAGGAGGUGUUCACCCCCAGCGACCUGCCCGGACUGGGCGGAGGAGGAGGGGAGCGGGAGCCGCCCCACCACCACCACCACCACCACCACGCCCACCGCACAGCCCGGGAGGGCAACGGGGCUCUGGCCAACGGGGGGCGGGGGAGGGGGCCCAGGGAGGGAGGAGGAGGGGGGGAGAGUAACGGGGAGAGGAAGGGGCGCUGCUCUCGUAUGCUCCGAGCUCAGUCCACGAUGGACGUAGACGAGUGGAGGCAGAACGGAGCCAAGACACACCGGGAGCGUCACGCGGACCCGGGCCUGGACAGCUCGGCCUCCAGCCCCAGCCAGCUGCUGGGCAGCGAGCUGAGUUUGGACGAGAAGCAGGAGGACGCCGACAACCUGAAGAACUCCAGCCGGGCCAGCCAGGCCGGCCUCAACAGCAACGCCGUGCACAUCCCCGUCACCGUCACGGCCCCGGGGCCCGGAGAGACCACCAUCAUACCCAUGAACAACAUAGAGUGUGAAGGUUUCUCGUUCUCAUCGGAAAAGAAGGAUCUGGAGGAGCAGGAGGCCAACGGGCCCAAGGGCAUCCUGCCCUACAGCUCCAUGUUUAUCUUUGGACAGACCAACCCGAUCCGACGUCUCUGCCACUAUGUGGUGAACCUGCGGUACUUUGAGAUGUGCAUCUUGUUGGUCAUCACGAUGAGUAGCAUCGCCCUGGCUGCUGAGGACCCUGUUCAGGCUAACGCGCCGCGCAACAAUGUUCUCAAAUACCUGGAUUAUGUUUUUACUGGAGUCUUUACGUUUGAGAUGGUGAUUAAGAUGAUCGACCUGGGACUUCUCCUCCACCCGGGAGCCUACUUCAGAGACCUCUGGAACAUCCUGGACUUCAUCGUGGUCAGCGGAGCGCUGGUGGCAUUCGCCUGCUCGGGGACCAAGGGUAAGGACAUCAACACCAUCAAGUCCCUGAGGGUCCUCCGAGUGCUGCGUCCCCUCAAAACCAUCAAGAGGCUGCCUAAGCUCAAGGCGGUGUUUGACUGCGUGGUGAACUCUCUGAAGAACGUGCUGAACAUCCUCAUCGUCUACAUGCUCUUCAUGUUCAUCUUCGCCGUCAUCGCCGUGCAGCUGUUCAAGGGCAAGUUCUUCUACUGCACCGACGAGUCCAAGGGCCUGCAGAAGGACUGCAGGGGUCAGUUCCUGGACUACGAACGGGAUGAGGUGACGGCCAAGACCCGGGAGUGGAAGAAGUAUGACUUCCACUACGACAACGUGCUGUGGGCCUUCCUCACCCUCUUCACCGUGUCCACCGGUGAGGGCUGGCCCAUGGUCCUAAAGCACUCGGUGGACGCCACCUAUGAGGACAAGGGGCCCAGUCCGGGCUUCCGCAUGGAGACCUCUAUCUUCUACGUGGUCUACUUCGUGGUGUUCCCCUUCUUCUUCGUGAACAUCUUCGUGGCCCUCAUCAUCAUCACCUUCCAGGAGCAGGGGGACAAGGCCAUGGCGGAGUGCAGCCUGGAGAAGAACGAGAGGGCGUGUAUAGACUUUGCCAUCAACGCCAGGCCCCUGACCAGGCACAUGCCAGAGAACAAGGAGUCGUUCCAGUACCGGAUGUGGAAGUUUGUGGUGUCCCCUCCGUUUGAGUACGCCAUCAUGACCAUGAUCGCACUCAACACCAUCGUCCUCAUGAUGAAGUUCUACGGCGCCCCAGCCCCCUACGAGGCCAUGCUGAAGUACCUCAACAUCAUCUUCACAGCCCUCUUCACCCUGGAGUGUAUCCUGAAGAUCAUCGCCUUCGGACCCCUGAACUACCUGAAGGCGGCGUGGAACGUGUUUGACUUUGUGACGGUACUGGGCAGCAUCACGGACAUCUUGGUGACGGAGUGUAAUACGGACAAGCUGAUCAACCUCAGCUUUCUGAGACUGUUCCGGGCGGCGCGGCUCAUCAAGCUCCUCAGGCAGGGCUACACCAUCCGGAUCCUGCUGUGGACCUUCGUACAGUCCUUCAAGGCACUGCCCUAUGUCUGCCUCCUCAUCGCCAUGCUGUUCUUCAUCUACGCCAUCAUCGGCAUGCAGGUGUUUGGGAACAUAGAGCUGAACGAGGCCACCGCCAUCCACUACAACAACAACUUCCAGACCUUCCUCCAGGCCUUGAUCCUGCUGUUCAGGAGUGCGACGGGGGAGGCCUGGCACGAGAUCAUGCUGGCGUGUCUCAGUAACAAGCCGUGCGAUAAACUCUCUGCCACCGUUGGACACGAGUGUGGAAGCGACUUUGCUUACUUCUACUUCGUCUCCUUCAUCUUCCUCUGCUCCUUCCUGAUGCUGAACCUGUUUGUGGCGGUCAUCAUGGAUAACUUUGAGUACCUCACCAGGGACGCCUCCAUCCUGGGCCCCCACCACCUGGACGAGUUCAUCCGCGUGUGGGGCGAGUACGACCCUGCAGCCUGUGGUCGCAUGCCCUACCGUGACAUGUUCGAGAUGCUUCGAGACAUGUCCCCCCCGCUGGGCCUGGGCAAGAAAUGUCCGGCCCGCGUCGCAUACAAGCGUCUGGUGAGGAUGAACAUGCCCAUCGCCGAGGACAACACCGUGCACUUCACCUCCACACUCAUGGGGCUGAUCCGCACCGCUCUGGAGAUCAAGCUGGCGUCUGGGGUCCUGGCCCAGCGCCUGUGCGACGCUGAUCUGAAGCGAGAGAUCAACCGCGUGUGGCCCAGCCUUUCCCAGAAGACCGCUGACCUACUGGUCACUCCACACAAGCAUAAUGAGCUGACAGUAGGAAAGGUCUACGCUGCACUGAUGAUCUUUGACUAUUAUAAACUGAAUCGAGCCAAGAAACUUGCGCAGCAUCUAAAUCUUGGACCUCCGGGUAAAAUGGGGAACCUGUUCCGACCCAUGCUGCCCCUGACCCACAUGGCAGUCAAAGCACCAACCCCUAGUGCCAAACCACUCCCGCCCAAGACCCAGCCCCCCCCGGACCCCCACCCUGAAGUCCCGCCCCCUACUACUGCCACACCCACUACCGUCACCACCGCCAGCACCCCCACUACCGUCACCACCGCCAACAGCGCCACCAGCGCCAACACCGUCACCGGCUCCCUGGCCAAUAGGGAGGCAUUACUAAGCCAGAGAAGUGCCAUAAAGCAUUCACAGUCCGGGGACGUAUCGCAGACCGCACACCGGCCUGGCAGACGCAUCUUAAGGAGGGGACAGUCAGAAGACGUGUCAUACUCUGCCGAACCUCAGGAAUUGGUGGAAAUGAGGAGAGUGGAGGUCCUGUCAGAUGAAAAUGAGGAAGAUGACGAUGACGAUGGAUUUCCCCAGGAGGGCCACACCAGAGCUGCCUCCAUGCCAAGGCUCAAUGCUGAGCACUACCGGAACCACCCUCGCCACGCCCCCGGGAAGCACCUGGCACCCAUCGUGGAUCUCAGUCCCAUCAGGCGUUCGGCGUCCUCCCUGAACCCCCAGCGCCCCCUGGAGGUCAACCUGGGGGAGUACGCCCUGGACGCCACCCUCCAGUCCCAGGACAGGGCUCCCCAGCACCACCACCACCACCGCUGCCACCGCCGCCGCGACAAAGACCGGAAGCAGAAGUCCCUGGACAUGGGCGCCACGGAGCGGGGUUCAUCUGCUAUAGGCGAGGCGUGGUCCCGGGAGCGAGCCAGGGAGCGGGAGCGGGCCGGGCCUCAGGAGGGGAGACAGCAGCGCUACUACUCCUGUGACCGCUACGGAGGAGGAGCGGCCUCCAGGGAGCACAGCCACGCCAGGUCGGCCGGCCCCAGCCGCUGCACGUCACCUGGGGAGGGCCCCGACGCUGGGAUCUACAAGCUGGGCGCCAUCAUGAACAAAGGCGGUCCCGUCGUUGUGACAACGCUGACCGCCGCCCGUGGGCGGCGACAGCUGCCGCAGACCCCCCUCACCCCACGCCCUGGGGUCUCCUACAAGACCACCACCCCCACCUCCACCUCCGUUUCCACCUUCACUUCCACCACCACCACCACCACCACCACCACCGGAGGCCACCAGCACCACCAGUCCCGGGCCGGGGGCCAGGACGACGCUCCCCGGCUGCCGGUGACCAGCAUGGGGUCGGACCCCCACUGCAGCCACCCGCUGCCGGCGCCCUCCUGGGACUCUCCGGCCCAGCGCGGCCUCGUGGAGGACCCAGAGGACUACCAGGACGCUGUCAGCAACCACGGAGGACGAGGAGGGGGCGGAGAGGGACGACCCGCCAGGACCAACACCACCUCUUCCACCACCGCAUCACAUUCAGGGACGGGAGUCCCGAACGGCUUCCACUUCACCCUGGGGGUCAACGCGGCGACGGGCUCUGGUCCCAGAGGGGGUCUCAGAGACACCACGGAGGAGGACUGGUGCUAGCGUGUCGUCUGCACACACCGUGAGCAGGUGUUCCUGGGUCCAGCCCUGUGCCUGAAGACCCGCUGGUUAAAGGGGGUGUAACGUUAGAGUCAGGUUCUCCUCUCUGACCGAUGGGGAGGCAGGAGGAGGAGGCCACGGAGGGGACCACUGUACGCUCUGAUGAUUAACACUAAAGGAAUCAGAAAUACCAUUCCACUUUUGUAGUGUUACACGUUUCUUUUUAUACAAAAAUGAAAGAACAACUGAAGAUUUUACAUUUUUUCUACCCCUUCUCAUGCACUGGAAUGCACGUUUUUGUUUUGCAAAAAAUGUAUCAUUACAGGUGAAUAACUCUUCUGCCUUGGCCAGUGGAAUCCUUAUUUUACCCCGCGACAAAAGCCAAAUUAUGAACCCUAACACGUGAAGCCAGGGUAACAUACAUGACUGUGAAAGACAGGUGACGUUUACAAACGCAGAACCCGUUCGAAGGCCAGCUCACAGCCUGCUUCCUCCUGGUGUAAAGUGAGCGGUUGUAAAUCUCAGUUUGACGGCGUUCGACUCAACAUAAACAAUGUGCUCAGGCCAGGGUCCCAUCUGAUGGAGAACACACCUUCACCAAAGCCUGCAUGCAGGACAUCGUCUGAGGUUUCUCAAGUGGACGUAGGUUUGAUCUAACAUAGCUACUGUGUGUUGUUGCCAGUAUUAAGCAGUUCCUAGAAAGAAAGUCUGGAUAAGUGUAGCUAGCGAAACUGCCGAACUCUCAACCAUUUCCAUGAACGAAGAACAACGUCAGAAAAACGCCAACUAAAGAUUCUAGUUUACUUUGAACGGGACAAAACAGCUUGAGUACCUUUUAUGUUCACAUGCUUUUUUUUGCUGUAAAUUGUAAUGUAUGAUGUACAUUUUCUGAAUGCAUUCAUGGAGUAAAUGGACCUUUUCCUGGAGUUAUGUGGCUGAGUACCAAGUGCCUUGCUUUUCAGAUAUAUUUAUUAAUAUAUUUAAUUAAAUUACAGCCCGGCUUUAAUACAGAGUCUCGUGAAGGUAUGGGGUAAUUGAGAAAAUAAAAUCACUGAUUAAAUGGUUAUGCAUAUAAAGAAAUUAUAUAUAUAUAAAUAGAUAUAGAGAGAGCGAAAGAUAUAAAAUAUAGUUGUAAAUACAAUUCAAGGUCAAAUGUUUAUUGAAGUUAAAUGUUUUAUUCGUCUUAACAGCCGCUCAAAUAGUUCGACCCUAAAAUGAGGUGCAGAAACAUUAGAUGACGUUCUUCUGAGUAGUAGGUAAAGCCAGACUACAGGUGCAUACUGAACUUUGAACUGCAUGCCAGGGUUAUGAACUUUGCAAAAGAUAGGUUGGAUUUUGCUCCAGGGUGUACGCUAAGCCUUUCUAUUUCAGACCAUGCUAUGGGUUGUGAUUACAGAAGGGGAGGGGGGUAUUAGAGUAAACAGAGUAUUAUGGUAUGCCAUUUGAUUUAUGGGAUGUUUACCCAAGCGAGCCUCCCUACAUGAAAAUGGCUCCAGUUCAAUCGCAUACCCUUGAUUAUUAAAUCCAGAAUCUCAUCUAUGUCACUUUAUGCACAGUAUAUGAAAACACAUUCUGCAUUUUUUUUGUUUGCCAUAAUUGUAACGAGUUCUGUUCUUCCUGUGCGUGUUUUCAUUUCCCGAGAGUAUUAUUUCAAGAGUUCAUUUAUUGCGUUAAGGUUUUGAAUCUGGGCCAUGUUCACAUGAGAAGAGGGAAGAAACAAAUAGAGUUGUCGUUGCUUACUGUCGAUUCAGAGGAGGGCUAUGCAACAACACAACAUAUAACCCUGUAGCUUUACCCCUGUCGGGAAUCCAGUAUUCAAGCUUUACCCGAAUGUGACCAAACUUUUACUGGGAAAUGUGUUUUGUUUGUGUGAGUGAAGAAGAGAUGCAAAUGGAAGCAGUGUUACAUUGUUCUGUGGUUGGAUCAAAUACACACUGAGGCACAAAUUGUAUUUAAAAACGGCAUAUUUGAAAGACAAUUUUUUUAGAUUGAUGCGCUAAAUGCACGAGUGAAAGAAACUGCCCAAAUUAUGAUGAUUUUGUGUUUUGUUGAAUCAGAUCUUGUUUAAAACUAUUUUAGAAAUAGCUACCAGUGUUUGUCUCCACAUGUUUUGAGUACCAGAUAUAGCCUACUAUACUGCAGUUUUUAUAGUACCAUUGAAGCAAAUUCAAAGACCAAAAAAUGAUCUGUCCAAUUGAUCGUCUACAGAAUAUUGUUGGCCAACCAGACAUGUAUAAACAACAAAUUAUUUACUAGUAUACGGUAUACCUUAACAUGAAAUCUUGUUUCUUUCACGGUGUACCUAAUCAAAUAUCACAUUAUUAUUUUUUUGGUAUUGUGCAUUGUGCCAUCUCUCCCAAGUGAAUUACAUUUUUUAUUUUGACUCAAUAUGGUAUGGCAACCGUGGAAUGGAAGUCAAGUGGCAUUAUUGGUGAAAUGGAUGACAUUCAUAUUGUGUUCUACCUGUCUACUAGUCUAAAUGUCCCCGUUUGUUGGUGUAGCUGAGGGGGGAUGGCCUGUGUACAUUCCUAGGUUAUAGACACAACCCGAGCCCAUUAUUAAUUAAAACAAUCCGCCCCUUCAAGUCCUAUACUGGAACAACAAGGUGCAACACAUUGUGAGAUGCACUGGUUUUACUGGUUUGUUUAGUUGUGGCUAUCCCCUGCCAGACAUGUCAUGUUUUUUGCAUGUUCUGAAAAAAAUAUGUAUGUGCAUGUUGAAAAAAGAGACAUUGUUUGACUUCACAGUCCAUGAGAUGUAUGUUCUGUUUCCUGGUUGUUUUUCUGGUUCAGGAUAAUAGAGAAAAGCUUGAAUAACGAUUUGAUUUCCAUAUUUGAGUGAAGAUGAUUUUAGGGUUCUCUCUUAAAAAGAGGUUGUGGAAAGGGUGACUCGGUUUGCUGCCUGGUCUGUUACACUUGGCUGUCCAUCCGACAGCCAUUUCUACUGUACCAUUCGAUUUUGUAUGAAUAUAGGUUCUUGAAUAAAGAGACAUGAUUAUGAAAAAUCUAAAAAA